UCGGGGAGCGCAAAAUGGUACCCUGAGCUGUAAACGAAUUGGCUACUUUCUGAUAACGUACUACACCUGAAAUGAGAGCAAGAUGAACAGACCCAUCGAAGUUUGGUCGUUUUGACUUGUGGAUUAAUUGAGUGAAGCUUGCCUAGCUUGCCUACUCGUACAGUACGGUUUUAAGUUGACGUCAAGGCCAAUUUGUUCGAAAUCGUAGAUCUGGAUCGGGCAAAUGCGACUGUCACCUCGCCUACUUGCUCAUCUCAAGAUGGCUUCGUCUACGACAGCACCUCUCACUCGAGCCUCUCCGGAACGAUUUGCAGAACUUCAUGAAUCCCUAGCAGAAAUUCGUGCGAAGGUACAAAGAGCGGCGCAAUCACGACAAUCAACUCUCGUGGCUGUCUCGAAAUACAAGCCAGCAUCAGAUGUACUGGCAUGUUUCGAAGAUGGUCAAAUAGACUUCGGAGAGAACUAUGUACAAGAACUGGUCGACAAAGCGGCACAGUUACCUCAGGAUAUCCGAUGGCAUUUCAUCGGGACUCUGCAAUCCAACAAGGCGAAAACCCUUGCAUCGAUCCCAAACCUCUACGCCAUCCAGACUGUAACAUCGAUUAAAGCCGCGACCGCUCUGAACAAAUAUGUUUUACCGGAACGCCCGACACCACUCAACAUCCUUAUUCAAGUGAACACCUCAGGCGAGGAUAACAAGUCUGGUCUUCCUCCGCUGUCCUCUUGUACAACCUCCCCAUCAGAAUCCGAGCUGGCAAAGCUUGCACGGCACAUCAUUUCUGAAUGUCCUCGUUGCCACCUGCAAGGUCUCAUGACCAUCGGGUCCCUAACAGAGUCACUUGCAUCUGCUGAGAAGCCAAAUCUCGACUUCGAGACACUAGUGGCGACGAGGGAUGCUCUCCAGGAGGUUCUCAAGGACCUUCCUGCGGAGAGGUGGGGAGCUGAUGGUAAAUUGCUACUGAGUAUGGGCAUGUCCAGCGACUUCGAAGCUGCUUUGAAAGCUGGAAGCGACAUAGUCAGGGUGGGGGCUGGCAUUUUUGGUACAAGGGCUAAGAAGGAGGAAAUUCGGCCUACCGCCUAACUCUUGUCGGUUGCAUAAACCGGAAUCUCGUUCAAGAGCAUAAUGUAUUUUACUGGAUAUCCACUGCAAUAAUAGAUACAUUCAAAUCGCGAAGCAUCGUGCAUCAUUCAUCGACUAUGUCUAUUUCCGCUCCAAGAUGACCAGUUUAUCCUUCUUGACCAUCCGGAACGGUUCCCAGACUUUUCCUCCAUUCAAUAACUCCAUAUUGGGUAUCCAUCGCUCAAAUGCUUGAAUCGUGUCCACAACAUCCCACUCUCGCAUGGAGAACGUCGACACAUCAGGGCCGACUUCUACAAUGGCAUGUGUGAAGUGGCGUCCAUUAGUGAUAUCCUGCGGAGUGAGGUUCUCGGUCUUGUUGUAGACCCAGUUAUAGCUCUUAGGAGGAGGUUUGAUGCCGAUUUGAGAGGGAUAUGGUGGUGCAUGAGUUUGAAGGAAUAGAGAAACACCUGUUUGUGCGGCCAGAUUGGAUAUAUGGACAUGAACUGUGAAUACGAAGUUAGAAACAGUAUCCGAUCAGGUGAAAAGGGAAUGAUCGAACCGUUCUCGCGUUCAGCGUACAGUUCAUUGAAUCUCGUAAGAGCCUCUCCGCCUGGAUAGUUGGCUAUCGACGUAACCGUCAACAUGUAUGUGACCAAGAAGUUGCAAACCAAAAGGCCGGCCACCGCAAGAAAGCACAAUCGCCCGAAAAGAGAAC